CAGCUGCUUUGGUGGGGCAAGAUGCCUCGAGAAGCUGAGAUAUCGGUCAAUGAACGCGCCUUCAUCCAACAAGCGCUGCAGGAACAGAUUCGGCUCGAUGGACGCGCUUUCGACGCAUUCCGUCCUUUGGAACUAACAUUCGGGGAUGAAUACGGUGUCGCCGAUGUGCAGCUCGGGAAGACAAGAGUCAUUGCAAGGAUUUCGGUGGACGUGACAACACCAUUGCCGGAGCGGAAAUUCGAUGGCGUCUUUCAGAUCAUUACUGAGUUCUCUCCAAUGGCAUCUCCAGCAUUCGAAGUUGGACGACCCACAGACGCGGAAGUCAUCCUCUCGCGGAUCCUUGAGAAAGCCAUCCGCCGUUCGAACGCGCUCGACACCGAAUCUUUGUGCAUUAUCGCGGGCCUGAAAUGCUUUGCACUGCGAGCCGACGUCCACAUCAUUGAUCAUGACGGCGGUCUGAUUGACGCGUCCUGCAUCGCAGUCAUGGCUGCAUUACAGCACUUCCGCAGGCCAGACGUACUAGUAGAGGGAGAGAAAGCAACUGUCCUCAGCGUCCGCGAGCGAGAACCGAUACCGCUGUCCAUCUUACAUCAGCCGCUCUGUGUGACCUUCUCCUACUUCGAAGAAGUCGACAUAUUCUUGGUGGAUGCGAAUUUUGCGGAAGAGCAGGUACGGCAGGGCGAAGUAAUUGUCACCAUGAACAGACAUGGGGAGGUCUGCCAGGUUGCGAAGUACGGCGGAGCGACCGUCAACCCCCUUGCUCUCCUGAACUGCACCAAUAUCGCGCUUCAAAAGGUUAAGGAGAUGAGCAAAUUCAUCCAGAUGAAGCUUGACGAGGACGCUAAGAGGCGGAACGUUGGAGGACUCUUGGCCGAGCUCAGCGCAGAGAAUGACAGAUGAAGAAAGGUGGGGGAAGGGUUGAUUCCCACAUAUUAUCUUUCGAAUGAGGCCCGGGAAGGGGCGGAAUUGCUCAUUCGCGGCGUCGAGGCUGAGCCUCAUCACGCACAGCAUCCGGUCCGAAAUCGCCGAUUACUGUAAGGAACCACAGCCUAGAAGAUGUCACGCUGGUCCUGCGCAAAGGAGGAAAUUCAGAACUUCGCGACUAGUCUCCCGCCAUGGGAGGGGUGGGAAGAUCGAAAGCAGCUGCGAGAGUGUGGUUCCUGGGUAAGCUGGAGCAUCGCUGAAGGGUGUGCUUGAGGCGGGCCAAAGAUAGUGGCUUGGAUUAUUCAUUGCCGCCGUAACUCAAAUCCAUCUCUCUAC